GUUCGAAUUGCUGCCAAUAACACCUGGUGAUAAUCCUUUUCGAGCUUCAGCAUCAACUAACAACAUAAUCUGAUGCCGAUGAAUAAGAAGGCCGAUCGCCCGAUUUCGCAUAAUCAACGUAACCAAAUGUCUAGGGACGAAUCGAAGCCCUAAGCGCAUUGCAUUAGGCACAUUUAAAAAAUAAAACAGAUCCUAUAUAUCAAGUUUCCGCCUUUAACGUACCUAUCUAGCUGUGACGACGACUUGAAACAUGGAGGCCGCCUCCGCUCGAGCGGCCGCGAGGGACCGCUGGAACGAGCUUGGUUUCCCGAGACCGUCCCAGCUUCAACGGUUUAUAGCUAGCGCUUGUAGUCCCGAGAAUUACGAACCUAACCUGGCCUUAAACCUCGAGAUCUCCGACUUGAUCAACAGCAAGAAAGGUAGCGCACCCCGCGAAGCCGCCGUCUCCAUAGUCAACUACAUCAACUCGCGCAACCCCAACGUCAGCCUCCUAGCCUUGAACCUCCUCGACAUAUGCGUAAAGAACUGCGGAUACCCCUUUCAUCUCCAGAUCAGCACCAAGGAAUUCCUGAACGAGCUUGUCAGGCGCUUUCCCGAGAGGCCUCCUAUCCGUUAUACGAAGGUCCAGUCUAAGAUAUUGGAGGCUAUCGAAGAAUGGAGGAGCACGAUAUGCGAGACGAGCCGGUACAAGGAGGACCUAGGCUUCAUCCGGGAUAUGCAUCGGCUGCUGAGCUACAAGGGUUAUAACUUUCCCGAGGUUCGAAGGGAUGACGCCGCCGUCCUGAAUCCGAGCGACAAUCUCAAAUCGGCCGAGGAGAUGGAGGAGGAAGAGCGAGAAGCACAAUCUGCCAAACUUCAGGAACUGAUACGAAGAGGAACUCCCGAGGAUUUGCAAGAGGCCAAUAAGCUUAUGAAGAUUAUGGCUGGUUACGAUACGAGGUCCAAGACAGAUUAUCGGGCGAAGGCGGCUGAGGACGUCGGAAAGAUUCAAGCUAAAGCUCGCCUGUUGGAGGAGAGGUUAGCCGCCUUUAAGCCAGGCGAUUCUAUGAAAGACGGCGACGUCUUCGAGGAAUUAGCCGCGGCGCUCCAAAGCGCGCAACCCAAGAUCCAGAAGAUGUGCGAAGAAGAGUCCGACGACCACGAGGCGGUGGCUAAGUUGUUCGAGAUAAACGACAGCAUACAUCGAACGGUCGAGCGAUGGAAGCUUCUCAAGAAGGGCGAUAUAGAAGGCGCCAACAAGAUCGCUCAGAGCGCACCUACCUCGACGACGUCGGCUGCGGCCGGGAAAUCGACGUCGGCCGCCAACGAGUUGUCGCUGAUCGACUUCGACGCGGAUGCCGCGGCAAACGGCGCCGCUAACAACGCAGCCGGGUCAAGUUCGCAACCAGGCGGUCUCGAGAACGACCUCCUCGGCCUUUCCUUAGGAGAUAGCGGCGGCUCUUUUGGCCAAGGCGGUGGAAUAUCGCUCGGCUUUGGGACAAAUCAAAAUGUACCCGGGCCUGCUUUACUAUCGUCGAUAACCCAAAAUAGCAGCGCCAAAGGACCAGUAUCAAACCCUAGUCCUCCUCCGCACUCCCCCUUUUCGAGCUUCACUUCACCUCCUAUGGGAUCCCAGUCGAAUACUCCGCAACCGCAGCUAUCCCAGCAAUCUUCGUUUUCCAGGCCACCACCACAAAGGUCUCCCGCCAACGAUCCUUUCGCGGCUCUCGCUUCUCCUCAGUUCAUGUCCAAGCCAGCAACUCCUAAACCCGCACCCGCACCCGCACCCGUUGCCGCGACCGAAGACGACGAAUGGUCAUUUUCUUCGGCAUUACCCCCCGAGCCCUCUCUUCCUAAGGAGCACCAAGCGCUCGUCAAGGAUGGUCCUCUCCAGAUCCAGCUCAACGCCUCGCGACCGCCUCCACAGGGUGCCCUGUACCUAGUUUUCAGCUUCUCUAAUACUACAGCGGCGCCCAUAAGCAACCUCCACUUCCAAUUAGCCGUAACGAAGGUGAGCAAUUAACUUAGUACUCUACCCUUUACCCUUUACACUCUACCCCUACUCUCUACUCUACUUCCCGCAAUCUACUUGACAACAUAAAUAUAGAUAAGUCGAGGACUAACAAAACACAAUAGGGCUACGAACUGCAACUCCAG